CUUAGACGAGAGUUCCGAGAGCUCGAGAUUCUGGAUGAAAUCACUCGGUUGCAUCUGGAAGAUGCGCUUCCCCCUUCUAUCAGCGGUUGCACGCGGGCAUCAUUAGUCAAGACUUUUCAGGCCACAAACGGAUGUCAAUACGUUCCUUAUAAUGUGGAACAGCUUCUUGACUGGUCACAAGAGCCCAUCUCGUCUCUCCUGCCUCCCCCUGAACCUCCGCACUGGCAAUUACUGGGCAAAAAGGUUAAAAGAGAUCUCGCAGCGGACAGUAACCGGCCCGAACGUUCGAAACGACGUACCGAAGAUAACUGGCUUCCUCCCUCAUCGCUCCCCGCGAAGCGCGCUAAAACGAUCACGUCCAUCUCUGUUCCUACCACUUCGUCUUCUGCCAAACACGGAUCUUCCUUUGUACUGCUCGGGUCUGAACGUGCUACGCCUUCGAAUCGCGUUCCCUCUGCAACUCCUCCAUCCGGUCUGAUCUGGGACCGGCAGAAUUGGAGCUGCGCUUACGAUUCGGUGUUAACUGUCCUGUGGAACAUCUAUGCCAACAGAGGCGGACAGUUUUUUUCCCGCAUUGCGUCAGCCAGU